AUUUGGAGCGGGGAAUCGGCCCUUUCUUUCUCUUCAAACUUCAUUCUUCGCUUGCUUUCAUACUCAAGGACAGCGUUGUCCCUUUCUCGACUUUCGAUCUUCAGGGAUGGGCUUUAUAAGACCCGCCACGCCAGGCUUCCUCCUCACAGCUGCCGCAGCGGGCUGUCUCGCGGUCGUAUCCUUUUGCGUACCAUACCUCAAGAGCGUCUACUUCAUGAAGGCGACGAUUAAUCAGGGUGGAAUUACUGGAGCGAUUACGUUCGGGACACUGGGCUACUGCUUGGAUCUCAAUGGGGUCACGACGUGCUCGAAACCGGCUGUGGGCUACGAACUAGACAUCAAUAGCCUCGUUGGCAACAACCUCCCCGUGUCCAUACCUAAGGUUGUAGUGAAAUGGCUCACCGACGUGCUUAUACUCCACGUCGCCGCUCUCAUUCUCGCGGUUGCCGCGGCCCUGUUUGGGCUGCUUGCUCACGUUCGAGAGAUGUCAAUGACCUGCUGCAGCACUUUUCUCUCCGGGCUUGCUGCGACAGUCGCCUUGGUUGCCUUUAUCUUCGACCUGGCGCUGUUUUUCGUCGCCAAGGCGCGCAUCAACGCUAUCGGCUCCGCCUCUAUCGGGAGCGCGGUGUGGCUCACGCUCGCUGCGUGGGUUCUCUUGUUCUUCAGCGGAUGCUUCUACACGAUUGGGCGAUGCUGUGUGUCCAACCGCAAACGCAGUGAUUGGAACAAUAAGCAGGAUCCUCCCCCUCCUGGCGCUGGAGCUGACCACGAGCAAAUGCGGCUGGAUGCAGUCAAAGCUGAGGCUGACCGCAAGGCUCGACAGAAGAUGACGGAGGGUGGACUGCCGGCCUUCUACGAGAGCCAACCCCUUACUUCCACGGCCUACGACGACGGAAAUGCGGUGUACUCCGACAAGCCUCACACUCCGGGUGGAUAUGUACCUGGAAAUCCAGGGGAGCGUGCUGUCGAUGGAUACUACGACAAUGCUGGUGUCGGGGCGUAUCAGAACCACAACAAUCUCGGUGCUGGCCCCUCUGCUGCUGUAGCUGGAGCGUACACCAACGCUAACACCAACACCGACGAGAACAAUCGGUACCCGCCCUCUCAGCAUCGGCAGCCGUCGACGUAUGCCGCGUCUACAUACAGCCACAGCGCUCCACAGACGUAUCCUGCGCAGCAGUACGCAGCCUAUGGAAACGGCACUCCACCUGUACAGCCUCCGAUGCCGCAGUCCAACCCUUACCUAGAUCCCUACGCGGGGCAAACGAACCCGUAUCUUGGCGUUGCAGGCCAUGCUUCGCGUGGGACGUCGUACCACUCUGCCGUGUCGCAUCAGAACGAAUACUCGCAGUACGAUCCGUACGAACAGUCCGGGCAGGCCAAUUAUCGCACGCCGGAUGCGUACGUCGCUUCACAAUAUCCACCGUCGUCCUCCCAACCAUAUACCCCCCAUGUCACCACACCCCCAACCGUCGAUGGCUACGGAGCGAACGUCGUCCCGCCGUUAGACACUCAAGCCGGCUAUUUCGCCAGUGGCUCGCACUCCGCUGCUCCGACAUCACCGAAGGGCCCGCGGUCCCAUCGGCAGUCCUCCUUGCAGGUGAUGAAUGUAGUGGACGAAGACAGCCCACCGGGCUACGAGCCCGGAGCAUCGGAGCCCAUUCCAGGCGCAUGGGGCAGGAAGAACUGAGCGUUAUUGUACGUAAUAUUGUAGCUCGAGGACUUUUUCACGAUACCUAUCUAUGAUCUACCCAUAUUGUUUGACCCAUGACAUGAAAUGUACAUCUCACGAUUUCUGAAAACGACGCGGUUGGAGCAGGAGAGAGAACCCUCACCCAUUGUUUGCAAGGAUCCGUCCCAGAGUAUCAGGUCUGCUUUUCCAUCAGCUGGCGAUUCAUACACAAACAUGGGUCCUACUGCACAGAAUCCUAAAUCUACAGAUAGAGGGAAGAGCAGAAGAUGACUGAAUUAGGACGCUCCAACAUCUCGGACGCCUUUU